AUGAAAGCGGGUGCGCAAGAAUUGCAGGUGGGAACCGUUCAGCAAAGGAUCGACACAUGGCUUCGUACUGGAUUUCGAGAACCAAGCGGACCUGGAUUACUAUUUGACGGAGGAUCCGGUCCAUCUGAAGUUUCCAAGAAUGCGGCGCCGUUGAUUGAAGAUUCGAUUGUAAUCGGUAAGCCUGCACCAAUCCACCAAGUCCAAAUCACAGGUACCCAUACUGACGAGACGGCAUCCUUCGGCCCCCAGCAGAGAAACCCACCAUCGGCGCCGGAACCUUCCACGGCAGCUGCCCCUGUGGCGACUGUUCCUGGACCGCCGAAAUCAUUGAACCCGAACACAUCCUCUGCCACUGCGAAACAGAUCAUCCACAAGGUGUGUUGGCCCUCUACUCCCCCUCCUGUUCUUCCAACGGCGUACAUGGGUGAUGAUGGUGGUGGUGAUGACAGGAUCAACUGCGAAUCAUCUCCGGAAAACCCAGCACCGAUACCUACACCGGAGCUUCCGGAAACCCCGUCCACUGCUACUUCUGUCCCAAUUGCACCUCGCACAUCUACCAUCAUCAGGCCGUCAUGGGAGACCGACUCAUUAUCCGGACCAUCUUGCUCGACAACGGCGCGCGCAUGCCGCCCCGCCGGCGAGAUCUUCGCGGAAGGGAAGCUGGCGUGGGUUGAUGCGCUUCAGGCGGAGCUUGAGAAGCGAUAA